AGAACCACUGAUUUAGCGUAUAUGCAGCUUAACGGCAAACAAAAUACAGAAGUUACGGAGCUUAUAAAAAGGUAUUUUAUUAGCUGCCCCCUUUACAGCGGCACAAAUUUACAGACGGCGUUUUGCAGAGAACUGGAGAUGUUGCUGUGGGUUGUUCUUGUCCUGGAUUUGGGGGUUUCUGCCGUGACGCUGCCACAAAUCACGGAUGAGAAAUUCAUCGCCGAGUGUGUGGAGGAGCACAACAAAGCCCGCUCAGCUGUCAAACCACCUGCAAACGACAUGCUGUACAUGUCGUGGGAUGAGGCGUUGGCCAUUACCGCCAGAGCGUGGGGGAAACAUUGUGAUUUUAAACACAACGUCCACCUCAGGGAGGUCGGCCGCAUGCACCCCACGUUUGACUCUGUGGGAGAGAAUAUCUGGACGGGCUAUCCGCCGAAUAACUUCAGCGUAAAGAGUGCCGUUCAAAUGUGGGUGGGUGAAGUCCAGGAUUACAGCUACGAGGAAAACAAAUGCACAGAUGUUUGUGGCCACUACACACAGGUUGUGUGGGCACGAAGCUACAAGGUUGGCUGUGCUGUUGUGCAUUGUCCACAUGGUGUCAAAAACUUUCAUCAAUCUCCGGGUGCCAUUUUUGUAUGCAACUACGCCCCAGGUGGAAAUAUCAGAGGACAGCAGCCUUACGCAACUACUGGAAAUCCAUGCUCUGGAUGCAAAGGCGAAUGUGACAACAAACUGUGUCGUAAUCCAGAACGAGAAUCCAGAAAAAGUUACAACUGGGCUCCAGGCUGGGACACUGAUGGACCUAGAAGCAGCGCUGCACCUACCAACACUUUUCUGGAUGUCCUGAUCGUGCGGCCCAUCGCCGUCAUCUUGACGUGCAUUGCUGCAUGUGUAGUCCAUUACGUUUACCCCAAUCUCUUCUGCUAUGAGUAGUGUUUUUGGUCUGAUGGGAGACCCAGAUGGAUGGCGUCCCACAAUGACCUCCACAUGUACUAGUGGAGUAUGCAAACGAUAUUGCCAAGCAACACAAUUUUAGAGCACAUCUCCAUUAUCUCAACAACAAAAUGCUACCACAACCUUAUAUUUGUGAUUGUUCUGUGGAUGACGCUUGUACAGACAAAAUCUACCGUAUAAUAGCACUUCCAAGUCUUUAUUGACCUAAACCUGAAUCCCCUUUACCAGUGCUGCUACAUUCAGAUGUGACAAUCAGUUUGGUUCUGAACAUUAAAAGCUGCUGGUGGUGGUACAAUGGAGUGAGGAAUUUUCUUGGAAUACUGAUGUGAUAGCAACUGCAUGGCAAUAAAAAUCACAAUUUCAAAGGAAUAUUUCAAACACCUUGUUCAAUCCAUGUCAAGAAAA